CCUGGCGAUUGCAUCGCGGGCUGCACAACAGAGUCACUGACUCGAGCAAAUCAUAUUGCUGUGCGUCAAACAACCUCCCUAAGUGAGCCAAUGGCGGAGACCGGUGGCGUACAGACGCCUCCAGCGCAGGCAGACGUGAUGACAAAUAAGGAGAAGCGUCUCGCUCGCAAGGCCGAGAAGGCUAAGCAGCGGGGGGCCGAUGGGAUAGCGUCUGCAGAGGUAGAGACAGACGCAGACGCAGAUGCCGCGGAAAACAGCAAGAAUGGCUUGAAGUCGAAACGGAAGCGUGAUGACGUUGAUACGCAUGGCGAGCGUUCAGCAAAUGGCGAAGGUGACGCUGGUCCCGCUGACGGUAAGGAACAUGCAGAGGCAGUUGAGGGAGUAGAGCCCCUCUCACACAAGGAGCAACGCAAGCGCCGGAGGGUCGAAAAGCAACAGCAGCGCAGCCAGUCUAGCGGAAAGGUAUCUGACUUGGCAGACAAAGACCAAACCGGACCGGUUGAUAGUGUCAAAGCAAAACCAAACGCCAAGCCAGAGGUUCCUGCUCGCUCUCCGUAUUCGAUCUGGAUUGGUAAUCUAUCUUUCCGCACGAGCCCUGAUCGGAUACAAGAAUGGCUGCAAGAACAUGAAAUUGAAGGCAUAUCACGUGUUUACAUGCCAAAAGGUGCCAAGCGAGGAGAAUACAACCGAGGCUUCGCAUACAUCGACUUACCUUCCAAUGAUAUGGUUGAGGCAGCCAUCAAGCUCUCGGAAAACAAUCUAGACGGCAGGCGUCUGCUCAUCAAGAAUGGCUCUGAUUUUGCCGGCCGGCCGGCGAUCAACCCAGACGCCGCUUCUUUGGCGCUAGCCUCCCUGCACAAUGGCUCUGAUACAGCAGGUGCUACCGAUGUGCAGCUAGCAGCAGCAGCGAACAUCACAGUUGGGAAGACAGGCCUGACCAAGACUGCGGCGAAGAUCCUCCGUGCGCAAAAGAACCCACCGGUGCCCACCCUCUUCGUGGGCAAUCUACCUUUUGAGACGACCGAGGAAGGAUUACAGAAAAUGCUCGAGGAUGCCGCAACGGUGCGAAUGCAAAAGUUCGCCGUGGACAAUAACCCAAAUCGCAAGAAGGGCGGGAAGUCAACCGAAAAAGGCAAGGGGGCAAACAAGGGAGGCGACGAUGCCGAUACAAACGAUGACGAUACCAGUGACUCGGACAGCGAUGAAGAGAUGCGCAGCGAUGUCGCUUCCGAAGAUGAAGCGGACGGCAAGGACGAAACAGGGAAAGAUCCGUUAGAAGAGCAGAAACGCGCCCGUGGCGCUGGCAUCCGAAAGAUCCGCCUGGGGACGUUCGAAGACGCGCCGACGAAGUGCAAGGGCUUCGCAUUCCUCGACUUCCAUACGACAGCGCAUGCAACAGCGACGUUGAUCGACUAUCCGCGAUGCUACCGCUUGCUCGGACGUGAAAUCAUCCUGCAGUAUGCCGGUGCAGAUGCGGUGCGACGAGGUGCACCGAAGGGCGAACGCAUCGCUGGAAAGAUUGACGCGGCGCGAGCGGGGAGGGAGGAGCGCAAGUCGUUUAAAUCGCGACCCGGCAAAGCGGCCAGACAGAAAAUGAAAGAGGAAGCUGCGCAACGCGCCGCGGCUGCAGGUAUCAUCCUUGAUUCUCCUCAAGCUAACGCUAACCCUGCGGCAGAGCAGAUCCCGAUCGAUGUACCUGCACCUGGCACUUUUGAUCCCGAGGCACCGCUGCCUAAAAAGCACAAGGAGACGCAGGAAGAGCGCAGAGCGAGGCGUGAGAGAGAAAAGACUUCUGGGGGCAAGAAAGGCGCCGCAAGGACAGUAACAGGAGGUGCACGUGCCAAGCCAGGGGCUGCUCUCGCGGCUGCGGCACGCGCAUCCGUAAGCAUCGUGCCGAGCCAAGGGAAGAAGACGACAUUCUAAUCCCUGCAUGUGCAGUCUAGGGUUCACUACAUUAAUAAAUUCCUUGC